AGGGAGGACCUCCUCUCUUUUCAUAUAGUCCCUAUAUGAAAAAUCCCUACUUUUCAUGUAGUCCCUAAAUAACUACACAACCCUUAAUUUGUAUGUAAUUGGCCAAAAUUUAGCCACAUUUGGCUGCAAGGGAAGCUACCGAAAGGACCUAUUUAGCUAGAUGGCAAUGUGCCCACUUAAGUAUGUUUUGUGACAGUAAGAGAAAUUGGUUUUCUCUUAUAAAACAGUAAAGAAUAGAUUUGAUGAGGCAUUCAUCCUUUCUCACUUCCAAUAUCCGUUUACCUACUUCAAUCCUUUUCCAUUCUCCUCAGAUAUAUUCUAGGUCUCCAUCCUUCAUCCUAAAAGAAAAUGAAACGCCUUUUGAUUCUGGUCAUUUCCUUCACUGCAACAAAAACAAAACAAAACAAAACGAUCGCUCUCCUUUACAAUUUACAUUUCUUCUUUUCUGCUUAUUUCCGAUCACUAGUUACCAUCCCACCUUUAGAUCACACAGCUUCCUAACUAGUCUCCGUGUUUCUGAGACAUUUAACAAAUACAUCUUUACCUCAAAGAGUCUUUCAAUGUUAUUACUAUUUAACUGUACGAAUAAGGGCAGGAUGUUGAAAAAAAAAGGUAUUAUAAACAAUGCAAAUGAUUCCUUCGGUCACACCCAUGACUACAUUAAGAUCUUUAGAACUGCCAAAUAAGAGGAUGGAUGAAGUUGGAAAGAAGAUGCAAUUUUCCAGUUUUGUGUGAAACUGGCACGGGGCCCUCGGUCACUGCGGGUUCCGCCGCCGCCACGAAGGUCACUCCCUGCAGAAGGCCGGUGGAUCAGUCCUCCACAGCAAACACCGCAGCGAACGCUAGAAGCCGUGGCCUUGAGAAUUUCUAGGUCCGUGGGCCGGAGACUGGCACGAGAGUCUCGCUAGUUCCGGAAUCCUCGCGGGAAAGGCUAGCAAGUCGCUUCUUUGACGCACUUCCGGGGCGCCGGAACCGAGGUGGCCGCGAGCCGGGAAGAUGGUGGUAACCAGGUCCGGACGGCCUCAGGCCACGAUCCAAGCCACGUUGGCUGAAGACUCCCAGCAGAAGAAUUCUGCUAAAAGAAUUCAGGCACAUCCAAAAAGCAGGAAAGAAUCUCCACCUGUUGACCCAACUACUGCUGAAUCACAAACCACGAGGAAACAAAGUCCAGUCCCUAGAACUCCUAAAAGCAGAAAGAGGAAGAGUGGAACUACAGUCUCAUUACCAGAGAUAAACAAGCCGUAUACUGAUGGAGAGACCUCUGAGGCAGAGUCAGAUUGUUCUUCUGUGUCUGAGCUCCAGGAUCCCAUCUUAAGAGUAACUAGGAGACGGCAGAUCUUGGUUGCAUGCACCCCGGUGUCUAGUGUUAGGAAAAGGCUGAAAAUAACUCCAAUAAAUCAGUCUCAUGCUGAAGAAGACGAUGACUCUGAAGCUGAAUCACAUGUCUCAGGUAUUUCUAGAAUUGUGCCGCCCACAUUAAUAACUACAAGAACUAGAAGAAGUAAGGCUAAAUCCCUAAGUGAGCCAAACCAAGAAUUAUAUGCAGAAAUUAUUUCUGAUGCUGAAUCAUCAUACUCAGACAUUUCUUCAUUUUCUGAAGUUACAACUAUGAGAACAACAAGAAGUAUGCAGAAGAAAUUACAGUCACAAACUGAGGAGAAAUAUACUAACGUUGUACCAGAAACUGAAAAGCAGAUUAUAAAUUUGCCAACGAAUUCAGAGGAUUCAGAUACCAGACAAACAGCUUGUUUACUUGCAAGAUCUCUUUCUCAGAUAAAUAAGCCAAAUUUCUAUAGUAAUGAAACUUAUACAGACUUUGAUGAUUCCUUCCACAGAAAUUCAGGGGGAAAAAAAGCAGUGCAAAAACGUCAACAUUCUAAUCUAAGAGAGGAAAAACAGGCCAGUGUUGUUGUACCUCUCAAAGAAGUAACAAAACAGAAUUGUAAGAAUUUAGAUGAAGAAUCCAAAGGAAUGGUAGAGGAGGAGAAAGAAAGAAAUGAGAAAAAUUCUCAGUUGGAGAGCCUUUCUGAACCUCAGGACACUGACAUUCAGCAGUUAGUUUCUCAGAGGCAGUCAACCCCCCAAAAUAACAAAACUACAUCAGAGUCCUCACAUCUGAACUGUGAGGCUAUAAUGAAAUCGUUAGCUCAGACAUUUGCAGUGGUAGAAGUGGACAGAUGGAAUGAAGAGAGAAAGAACACCAUAAAAACAAGUGACCUGACAGAAUUUGGUGGUGGUAGUGAUGAAGAAGAAGAGUGCACGGUCAAAGGUAUCCGUGAAGACAUGAAUGACGAAAGGGAUAUAGAUUUUGAGAGCGAAACCAAACUGUUCAAGUCUGAGCUCAACACAUCUCUGGAUAAAGGUGAUUCUGUUUUAUUAGUGCUCAGCAGUGAUGAGAGCCAGCAGUCUGAAAACAGUGAGAACGAAGAGGACACUGUGUGUUUUGUUGAAAAUAAUGGUCAAAAGGAGUCAUUAAAUGGAGACUCAGAAAAUAUGUCUUGUGACAACCCAUUGUUUGUAAUCGACACAACUCCCGGACUGAGUACUGAUAAACAUUUUUACCUGGAUGAGGGAGACAAGGCAAGUGAGGUUGCCACUGAGGAAGAAGAGGGGGAAGAAGAUGAAAAAAGUGAAGAACCAUCAGACCUUGACAGAAAUAAAGAUGAUGACUUUAGUGAUGAAGACGACUUAUUAAAUAGCACAAAGUCUAAACUUCUGAAGUUGACAAGCAGCAGCAUAGACCCUGGUAUGAGUAUCAAGCAGUUGGGUGGUUUGUAUAUUAAUUUCAAUGCAGACAAACUACAGUCAAACAAGAGAACCCUAACACAGAUCAAGGAGAAAAAGAAAGACACGCUUUUGCAGAAAACCAUCAUUACUCCUGAUUUUGAAAAAAACUACUGUGUCCCACCGUAUAGUGAAUCAAAGUAUCAACUUCAGAAAAAACGCAGAAAAGAACGACAAAAAUCAGCGGGUGAUGGCUGGUUUGGUAUGAAAGCUCCAGAAUUGACAGAUGAACUUAAAAAUGAUCUCAAAGCACUGAAGAUGAGAGCUAGCGUGGACCCAAAAAGGUUUUACAAGAAAAAUGAUAGGGAUGGCUUCCCCAAGUACUUCCAGAUUGGAACCAUUGUUGACAAUCCAGCUGACUUCUACCAUUCCCGAAUUCCCAAAAAACAAAGGAAGAGAACUAUUGUGGAAGAACUGCUGGCUGAUUCUGAGUUCAGAAGAUAUAACCGAAGGAAGUACUCAGAGAUCAUGGCUGAAAAAGCAGCAAAUGCAGCAGGAAAGAAGUUUCGAAAGAAGAAGAAAUUUCGCAAUUGAGAUUCACCGAGCAAGCCACGUAUUUUACAUCUCUUUGUUUACUCAAGAUGUUUUUGAGAACUAACAUCAUCACACAAAUUAAUAUAGAAUGGCCCUGUCUGAAAGAAGUUGACUUGAGGGAGAAUCAGUCACAUACCCCUUGGGAUAAAAACAAGCAUGUCUACAAAAGACCCACCCAUCCUUAGACCCUUUGAGGGAGAAAAAGGAAAACAUCAACCAUUUUAAGAUGAUUAACAUUUUUGUAAAGUUUUCGACACUUAGUUAUUUAAAGAAAAUUGAAUUAAAAAACAUUUAGAAAGUAUAAAGUUUGUUAACAUAUACAAAAACUUUAAAAUUCUAUAAUAAAGCUAAACAAUACCGUGAUUCACACGUAGGGGUGGGGGGGGGGGGGGAUGGUAGACAGGAAAUGCCCAUUUCCAAGUUUAGGUCCAGAAAAUUGGUGAAGCUACAGUUGUUUCAAGUAUAAAAGGCAUAGUUGGAACCAAAGUAUUUUUGGAGCAGUAUGACUGAAAAGCUAAAUGAAAUUAUAAAAAAGUCUUAAAAAGGUAACAAAGACUUCCCAGAAAGUUUGGGUUAAAGGUAGAAGACACAGGAGAACUGUUUUCUUUCCCUAGCAACUAAAACGGGAAGAAAGAUUAAUUUUAUCUAGAUUGAGUGUUGUGUUUCAGGUGAACUAGGAUUAAAUCAGUAUAAUUUUAAUUUGGCCAGGAAUAAUUUUAAAGUGGUUGCGUUUAUCUCCUUCUCCAAUGGCAGAAGUAUGCAUCCUGGCUAACCUACUUGUGGUACCCAAGGCGUGUUGGCCAUUUCUUAUAAUGCUUCUUCGUGGGUUCUUCCCUUUAAUGUCAUCAUUUAUGGAACCUCUUAUUUUUCCAGCAAACUGCUUCCUUGGGAUUUCAGUAAAUAUAAAAUCUCGUAUUUUGUGUUUAUUGCUUGGGAUCAUAACCAACCUAGUAUUAGAACUGACAGUGGCAUUCAUAGGUGGAGUUAGGCAAGUAUCUGCAUCUGUUCUCUUUUACAGAAAAAUUUUUAUUCCAAGAAUAUUAAGUUUUGCUUCCCACUGGGUAAAAGAA